GCAGAUAGCCUCCUGAAAAUUAUUUUUAGCUAGAGAAAGAUGAACAUCAAUAGCAGAGAAGUACUUUUUCUUUUUGCAUUUAUCUUCCUGGCUAGGGGUAAUGCACAAGAUACCCUUGUGCCGGCAAUCAUAACAUUUGGUGACUCUGCCGUGGAUGUAGGGAAUAAUGACUAUCUUCCCACUCUUUUCAAGGCUAAUUACCCUCCUUAUGGAAGGGACUUUGUCAGCCAUAAAUCCACUGGAAGAUUUUGCAAUGGAAAAUUAGCUACUGAUCUUACUGCUGAAACACUAGGUUUUAAGCGAUAUGCACCUGCAUAUCUUAGCCCUCAGGCAUCAGGGAAGAACCUCCUUAUUGGAGCAAACUUUGCUUCAGCUGCCUCUGGUUAUGAUGAAAAGGCUGCUAUUUUGAAUCAUGCGAUUCCAUUGUCCCAACAGUUAAAUUACUACAAGGAAUACAAAAGCAAGCUGGCCAAGGUAGCUGGCAGUAAAAAAGCAGCAUCAAUCAUUAAGGAUGCAUUGUACAUAUUGAGUGCUGGCAGUAGUGACUUUGUGCAAAACUAUUAUGUCAAUCCUUUGAUCAACAAAGCCUUCACUCCUGAUCAGUACUCUGCAUACCUUGUGGCUGCAUUCUCAAGCUUUGUUAAGGACUUGUAUAGAAUGGGAGCCAGGAAAGUUGGAGUGACUUCACUCCCACCAUUGGGUUGCCUACCUGCUGCAAGAACUUUAUUUGGUUUCCAUGAGAAUGGUUGUGUCUCAAGAAUCAACAGUGAUGCCCAAGGAUUUAAUAAGAAAAUCAACUCAGCUGCAACAAAUCUCAAAAAACAACUUCCUGGUCUCAAGAUUGUUGUCUUUGAUAUUUUCAAACCCGUCUAUGACCUUGUUCAAUCCCCUUCAAAAUUUGGUUUUGUAGAGGCAAGGAAAGGCUGCUGUGGUACUGGGGCAGUGGAGACAACAUCCUUAUUGUGCAAUCCAGAAUCACUAGGAACUUGUUCUAAUGCAACCAAGUAUGUGUUUUGGGAUAGCGUCCAUCCUUCACAAGCUGCUAACCAAGUUCUAGCCGAUGCAUUGAUUGUACAAGGCAUAUCCCUUAUAGGUUAAGGACUCUUAGACUAUAUAUAUAUAUAUAUAUAUAUAUAUAUAUAUAUAUAUAUAUAUAUAUAUACAGGGUAAGGAUCAUUUUACACCAGUGUAAGUUACACUCUUAAUCUUGUUCGUUGAUCUCAUUUAUAUUUAAGGCUCAAAUUUUUUAGUAAUGUGAGUCAUUGGAUACAAGUGGAUCAAUGAUCAAGAUUGAGUGUAAGACUUCUAACUCUUACACCGGUGUAAGAAUAUCCUGCCCCAUAUAUAUAUAUAUAUAUAUAUAUAUAUAUAUAUAUAUAUAUAUAUAUAUAUAUAUAUACUAUGAAGCACCGAUACGCAUUUUCGAUACGUUCUCGAUGAUACAGGAUGUCAAUUACCAAAGGAUACGUGUCCGAUACGUAUAUCCGAUACGUUCAAAAAAAAAAUUAAGAAGUAUCGGUGCUUCAUAGUGUAUAUAUAUAUACACAUCUGUGACACGUUAUAUAGUUGUAUUCCACUAAUGAUGCAAGUCAUGCAAAAGUUUGUUGUUUCUCUUCAGUCUGAAAAAACCUGUAUUGUUGUUGUUAAAUCUUGUGAAAUUUCGUAUUAACUCAUUUAGAAGUAAACUGGUUAUAUUUGG